AUGCGCGCUCGAAAGUACGGUUAUGUGAAUUUCAUGUGCUCAUCAAAUAAUGAACAAAGUUGCAGUUUUUUGGCUCGUUUCGCCACCGCUCUGCAUUACCAUGUGAAAUUGAUCUUGUAUAUGGGUCAUGUUGCACUGGCAGCGAAUCGUCUAUCGGCCAUCAUAUUGCCUCUUCGAUACGAAUUGAUCUGGACUCGGUCUCGUUUACGGAUCUUCUGGGUGUGUCAGUGGAUUUUUCCGAUGGCAAUCACGCUUCCGAUUGUAUGCGAUUCGGAUCGCCUGAUUCGCAUGAUCUAUCGACCCGAGCAAAAUGCCUUACGCCUUGAGUUCGAUGAAGCCACAUUCCAAGAGAGAUCAACUACGUGGCUUGCUGAACUGCGACUGAUGAUAGCCACAUUCACAGUGUAUGUGGUGGUCAUCAUCGAUAUGAUCGCUCAGUUACUUGUACUCAUCUUUUCGGCGAACGAUCAGCUUGAAACUGCACUAAUGAUUAACGGGUGGACGUAUCCAAUGAUCGAUGCAUUUUGUAUGUCUCAACCGUGGACACUUGUCAUUGCGAGUGGUUUGAUUCGACGAUGCAUUUGCGAGUUGUUCGGAUGCAAUAAAUCGCCGACACUCGCCUAUCCACUUCGUUCGAACACCAAACUCGCACCAGUCAAGCACAUCGCCUUUAAUUUCAAGAGAGUCGCUGUAGCUGAACUCUCAACGGUGCGAAAAUUUGAAAAUACAAAAAGAAAGUCAUUUUUGGACAGGAUACGCUGA